AUGGCUCCCAGAAAACGUCCUCUUGAAGACGACAGUAUGUGGGUCUUGAACAAGCAUCACUUUCGACAGCUAUACCAGACCGAAAGGAAGACGCUCAAAGACGUCAAGCAAAUCAUGGAAACCGAGUACGGUUUCCCGAUAACACCGCUGUCCACUUACGAAACGAAACUCAGAGAUUUGGGGCUUCGCAAGAGAUUGAAAACGGACAACUGGCCUAUCGUUGCCCAACAUUACCUGAAUCGCAGUGGUAAAGACACUGGAGUGUAUCUCAAUGGGACUAGAAUCCCGUCUGCCUGGAGAGAGAUCCGCAGGUCGGGUGGUCUCGUAAGACCAAGAGGUCACCUUGAUCCCCUUCCGCCUGGCAUUGUCGUACGAACGCCUACACCUUCGCCGAAGAUGACUUCCCUAUCUCUUGCUCCUACAGAACCGCCGUACCCCUCAACCACUUUUACUAUUGAUGUCGACCUGCUCAGACCAUCGCCACAGAUGACUUUUCCUCACACCCUCCUGACAUCCGCGUGUCAUCACAAUGUUCCGGGUCUCAUGAAUCUCCGCGAUAUCGACACAUCAGCCACUGCCACGGCACUAACGCCUCUCCAACCAGGAGUGUCAGAUCUCAGCCCGACCUUGCAGUAUGCAGAUAAAGUCUACCGUGGGUUUCUCAAGCUCACUCCUAUCUAUCAAUUACAGGAGAAACUACGCUGUUUGUCCACUUCCUUUGAUUCGGAGCAUCCAUUUUCUCCCCUGGCCAGGGAGAAAGCCCACUCUCAUGCUUUGCAACCCUUUUCUCAGUUGAAGUUUUCUCGAACGGGCUAUAAUGAUUCGGCUCUCGAUUCCCACUUUGACGUAUAUCACUUCCUUGGAUAUGCACUCUAUAUCCUCUCGAAUGAACUCUUGCGCGAUAGGCCUGGCGACCCUAGACAAGGGGAAAUUUUUGAGGUUCUGUUUAAGAGGGUUCCAAGAUCAGUUCUCUCUGCUCUGCUAGAGUCGAGGAUUCCCACAGUCAGAGCCGCAUGGGAACAACUAGUCCGGCAGUCCUGGAAUGUGAAUGACAAGAAUGCAUUCAUUCUCCUGAUGCAUAUUGGUCUCAGAUACCCCGACUGGAUUCCUUCAAACGGCCACUUCUAUCUCAUCGCCGCCGCUGCAUUUGAUUGUUUGGACAUUGUGCGACAUCUGUUGAGAGCAGGGUACCGUCCUGAUGAUCCCUUCGACUCCAUAUGGGGCUGGCAUAAAAUCCCUAAAACUGCCAUCAUGGGCGCCAUUAGAGCUCGAAACCUCAAUUGUGUUGCGCUCUUGCUCGGGUCUUGCGACGUCAAUCGCGAACUCGACCGUGCACGGGGGUCCUGCUUUGCCAUAUUUGUUGCAAGCCUCUGGCAUGGUGAGGAUGUUGACAAUCUCAGCCUCGAAGAUCACUUUGUCAGUCAGGUUUUAGACAUGUUUCUCGCACUUGGGGCCAAUGUCGACUUACCAAUGCCCACACCCACACGCUGGGUGUUGGGCGCUGAAUACAAUGGCCUGGAUUGGUAUGAUGACGUCCACAAGAGCUGGCGACCUACGAUUGUAGAAGGCAGCUAUUACUGGAAUUCAGACUUGUUCAAGAGACUUGAGCCCUACAGCGCGAUGUCCCUAUCAAGCGAGGUCACAAGGUUCGGUUCUUGUCUUGCUGCAAGGCACGGUGCAGCCUCCUUACAAAAAUACCUGAAGGGAAGCCCGGGAGAAAGCACACGCUCGACAAACGAAUUUCUACAAUUAGUGCUAUUGGAGCAGUUUGUUAUCCACGAUUCUCACAUUGCAGCCGAUAUUGUCCAGAGUCUCGUGAACGUCGUUGCAGAUAUGAGGCUACCAUUCGGUGCCAUCAGAGAUAUGUCUUAUCUGCUGUUCCGAGCAAUCUUGGGCUCUGCGGAUGACAGGUCGACCAACGACUUGGGUGCUCUCUUCAGUUCCCUUAUUCAGAAAGGGGCGGUCGUGCAUUCUGAAACUCUCAUUGCCUCUGUGACACCACGAGGUGUUGGCUUGCUCGAGAAGCUUGCUGACCUGGGAGUCGACUUUGCAAGUCAAGGUGCUGAUGCAUUGUGCGCGGCCGCUCGCCUGAAUAAUUUUGAGGCAGUUUCAUGGCUAUUGCAUCAGGGAGUAGACAUCAAUGCUGGAGUCAGCGCAGAUGCUUUCCCAGAAGACACGACUGUGAUCGCCGCCACUUUAGAAGAGAAUUUCUUUCUCAUGUUCCCAACCUCAUACUGGAAUGAUUGGCUCUCUCGACACAAAACCCCCAAGCCAUCACUCGAAAUGGUCGACUACCUGAUACAGAUGGGAGUAAAGUUACGCCACAAGACCAGCGAUCAGAGCCCUUUCCCAUUUUUGAAACAUGCUGUUGAGUUCUCAUCUCGAAGACCACUGAUCGAACUCUUUCUCAACUCGGGGAUCAAUCUCCACGAAAGCUCGGCUGCUGAUGCUAGACUGUUAGAGAGUUGUCUCAAGUACGGGGGGUCGGAUGGAAAUUCCAGCGAAGGCUUGGAAGUCUUCAAGUUACUCUUUGAGCGUGGAGCACAUGUCCGCCCUGGGUCACCAUUGGCUCUUCUCAUCUAUUGGGGUGGUACAAAGGAUCUGAUAUGCAAAGUUUUGGAUGCGGGCGCUCCCAUUGAUAGGUACUCAUCCGAGAGCAUAUUCUACACCCCUCUACAAGCAGCGGCCAGCCGUGGAGAUCAAGAACUAGUGGCCUUACUUUUGAGCAAAGGUGCUGACAUCAACCAGCCUGCUCGUGGUGUUUUAGGGAAAACAGCACUACAAGCCGCAUGCGGUUGGGAUGCUAUCUCUAUGGCAGAGAUCAAGAUCAAACUGAACCUCGUCAAGUUUUUGAUCGCGCAGGGAGCAAACGUCAAUGCCCCACCCUCAGAUGACGAUUUCGGGGUGACAGCAUUACAAGCUGCUGUGAUGUGCGGAGAUCUCGAGAUUGUCAUCUUGCUACUUACUCAUCGAGCUCGAGUGAACACUCUCUCUUACAUGGGGCAGGAUCGAAUUACCCAAACUGCCCUGGAUUGUGCCGCACGAUAUGGACGGAUGGACACAGUCAAAUUUCUGCUGAACGCAGGGGCUCUGAGUGCUUGCCUGGGCAUUAGUGGAUAUAAAGGCGCAAUCUUUUAUGCAAAGCAUACUGGCAAACAUGCUAUUGCAGACUUGAUACGCAAGCACGCAGCUGAUGACAUCAAGCUAUUUGGGAAGAAUCCCUAUUUGGACAAACGGACGGAUGAGGAAAAGCACGUUUGCACCUCUUCUUGCUUGAAUGGGCUUGGAGACAUUUCGGAAUUUGAGGAGGGAGAGGGCGAUAAUCAAGUCGACAGCGAAGAAGUCAUCACUGGUGAUGGCUACGUCGAGAGUGAUGGAGACGACGACGGUCUUCAACUCGAUAUCCGAACUUCAAUGAUGGCGGCCGUGAAGACGAUGAGGACGAUGGCGACGAUGUUGAUGACAAUGACGAAACCGACUAGGGAAUAA